AUGGCGAACCAGGGAGAGAUGCUGCCUAAUCACCCGGUACACGUCGACGUCCAAGCACAAGCAGGCCGCCGCGACCACCGGCACUACAACCUCCUCGACGCCGCACGCGCGCUGAUGAUGCUAGGAGCAGCCGCCGCCGUCUCAACCGUGUGCAACCCCGAUGCUGACGCCGCGCAGGCGCUGGAGCUCUUCCUCAGCAACAGCACAUCAGCUGCCCUCUUUCGUCCUCGCUUGGCCGCGAGCUGGGCUCCCCAGCUCCUCAUGACGGCCACUGUGCUCCCCAGCUCCUCCCAGGGAUGCCGUGCCUCGUGCAUACCGCACGGCGAUGUUGGAGCGGAAGCAGAGGACGGAGGUGGUUCCAGGCCUGGUGGUGUCCCUGCAUCACGAGCAGGGCAGCAGAUCUCUACCAUAUGUCAUGUCAUAGAUUUAUCAAGAAAAACGGUCUCGGCCGUGGGCAACCCCAACGCUGACGGCGACGCUGCGCAGGUCCUGCUCGGCUUGGUCACCAGGAUGCUCGGCGUCUGCCUCCUGUUCUUGCCAGUGGCAGGCCGGUUCCCGCAAGCUGAUGCGUUGGCCGGCGCUGCCAUCGCCAAGGCCAGCGACGUCCUCGUCUACCCUGCUCACCCCACGGAACUAGCUAGAUGCAUCAUCUCGCGUGCAUGCGUACUGAGCACAUGA